AAUUCAUCCCUGGACUAGAUCCUGUUGCCUUUCAUUAGUGUUUUGGAAAGUAGUGAACAGUUAAUGGAGCAGUCUGCAUGCAUUGAUAUUCUAAAAGGUGUUCACAUGCAUUUUUUUCAGAGUAUGCCCUGUUUACAGGAACAGACCACUUUUUCAAUGCAAGUUUUAUCCAGAAGCAUUACCUCACAGAUGAAGGAUGGAAGAAAUGUCAGGAGGUUCUUGCUGUGCUCUCACAACUUCAUUGUGAUGUGACAUUCUGUCCAAUUCUUCAACAACUUGUUUGUAUUUUUAUGCAUUUUAUGGACAAGGAAGAUUGUUUUGCGUGUAUAGAUUCAAUAUUUAGUUCAAGAAAGUACAAUGUAGAUAAAUCUGCAACAGAUUACUGUAUAACAGCGAAGACAUUUCAAGAUGCCCUCAAGAAAUGGAAGGUAUUUGCUAUUGAACUUAAGUCUUAUUAUAUUUGUUGACUACUAUACGAUGCAUUAAGUCAGCGCCGUUCAGGCCGUAAGCCGGGCCGAGGGUACUAAUUCCACUUGGUUAUUUACACCCGGGGAAAGCAUUAGCGAAGUCUAAAGUGGUGUCAUGGUGUAUGGGCACCUCCUCACUGUUUAAUGUUUAUGAAUUUUGUUGCUUUAAUAAUUUUUUCGUAAAGCAUGCACUGCUUUCCUUUUCAAUGUAUAUGGGCACCUCCUCACUGUUUAAUGUUUAUGAAUUUUGUUGCUUUAAUAAUUUUUUCGUAAAGCAUGCACUGCUUUCCUUUUCAAUGUACAGCAUGGUGUAUGGGCACCUCCUCACUGUUUAAUGUUUAUGAAUUUUGUUGCUUUAAUAAUUUUUUCGUAAAGCAUGCACUGCUUUCCUUUUCAAUGUACAGAAGCUGCAAAAUUACCUUUUUUAGCUUAAGAAAAAACUUAAAUAAUUACUAACAUUAUUCAAUAAUUUUAACCUGUUUUGUUUUAUUAAGUUUAAAACAGUAAAUCGGCAAAAUCUGUUUAAUUGAAUGAACAUUUCAAAACAUUUUACGAAUCGUUUCGGAUUAAAUUUUACAUUAAAUCAAAGCUCACAAAAUGCGAAAUAUUAUACAUACUGUAUGUAUUUCGGAAAUUGAUUGUUGUGUAUAGUUUAAUAAAUGUACUACUGUAAUCUUUCAACUAUUUAAUUUUGCCGUUUUGUACAAAAUUUAAUAAAUUUGAAAUGAUCGUGUUCCUAUAGUAACACGCAACGCGAGCCUGCGGUCAGUGUUUGCCAAAUUAAUAAUACUUCGUGUUAAAUAAAGGUUUGGAAAAUAUAAGCGAGGGGUGCAUGCAUGUUUGUACUGUAUUUCUAGUUACGUUUGUGGUGGGUGUGCUACUCAUCCUUACAUGCAGCUCAGAGCCAAGCUACACUGCAGCCCAACCUGAUUCAGUCGAAGGCUUUCCGCAGUUUGUCUGAUCAGUAUGACUUACAGUAUGUCUGAUCACGGAUCACAACUACGGUGGAAUGGCUGAGACUAGUCCCAACCCACCCUGCCAUCAUUGCCUCCGGAAAACCCACGUUUCAGUAGAGCGUUGACUGACUCCAUGUACAUUGGUGUCAUGAGUUCGCUGCAGGAAUCGAACCCAUGAUAUCAAAGGUGAAAGGUGCUUGCUCGAAGAAUAUUUCGGAUAGUUGCAUCAGACACAACUGGAAACCCGCAAAUUGUAUUCUUCGCUACCUACGCACCCAACAUUCACGACAAUAUUCUGUAAAACAUAACUGAAGUAAUCUUGAGAGAACUGCUGAUUGCGAGAGAUACCACUACCUUAAAAAUAGAAGCAGAACUUCGCAGGGACGUCGCUAGCCCUGUUUUAAUGGAGGGGUGUAAGUAUCGGAUGUCUGUCGAUUGGGAGAGUGGUGUUAUCCCCCCACACACCCUCCAGCGACGCCCCUGGAACUUCGACAUUUCGAGCGAACGCCCCCCGUCGGGAAAUUAGUAGGGAAUCCACUAACUUCCCGACGAAGAGCCUUCUCUCGAAACGGCGAAGUUUGGCUUGCAUUUUCCAGGUUAUCUCUCGCAAUCCGCAGUUAUCUUAUUAUCGUCUCUGCCCCGGCACUGGUUCAGACCGUCUGAAGUACUCUUAUCUUUUGAGGGUAGAAACCAGUAUACACGUGGUUGAAAUCAUUGUUAACGACGGACGGAAAAAUAACGUGGAAAAAGAGAAUAUUCUGUAUAGAUUGGCUUCAAUGGGUUUUCAAAUAUCUUGAUUUUUGGACAGUGGUAGGUGAAUGGCAAUUUAAAUGUCACUUGUACAGUACGUUUGCAUUCUGAGAUAACUAGAAUUAUUUGGUUUUGUGGAAACACCACGUACAUUGGCAAUGCUUUCCAUCAGUAAACCGGGGUCGUUAUCAUGCAGUCACUGCAUGUAAAACUAAAAUGAUGUAAAAAUAAACCCCAACUUUUAAAUACUUGUUGCAAAAUAUUCUAGGGGGGGGGGGGGGGGGGGGGGGGCAUAUUCAAACACUCGUAUUCACAGACCGUAAGAACAAUGAAUUUCAAACGAAAUUAAUAAUGCAGAACACGAAUAUAUGAAUAUGCCCCCCCCCCCACACACACACACACACUCUUAUCGAGCUGGCUAUGCCACUGCAAUAUUCAACGGAUUUUAAUACUCUAUUUCAAUAAUUUUAGUCGAUUCAAGACUGGUUUAGCGAUUAUAAAAGAAUAGAGUGGGCAUUAAUUGCAAGAAAUAUCGACGGACAAAUUGAAGCUGGGGGCAAUUAAAACUCUAUGACUAUGUAAAACCUCGUUGCCCGGAUGUAAGUUAUUAUUCCCGGAUGCACAGCCGCGAUGUUAUGUAGGAGCGGGAAAUUACGAAAAUAACACAAGUUUGAAAACAUCGGUUUUUUCCAGUUUUAGCAUAGCUUAAGCACGGACCAAAAGCUCAAAGUCAACAAGAAUACCUGGACUUCACAAUAACAAAACAAGUUUUGGAACGGUAGAAAUGUUUUAAAGUGCUUUUUUCGAUGUUGAAGUGCGGACCGUCAUUUUGCGGUGACUUCGGCACGUCCAAAUUUUUAUCAUUUUCCACGAUAUAAAACGGAAAUUCCUCAAUUUUUCGCCACAAAUAAAUGUUCAAUUUUCAAAUUGGACAAGCUUAUGUUUGUGUUCAAUUUUCAUUUUGUACAAGCUUCAAUUUGUCCCUUUCGUCUUUGCAUGUUCGUUUUUGUUGGAAGACGAGCCUGCCUUGUACUGUUGAUAGUGCAUUUUUAAGAUCUGCUCUUGCAUACAGCUUCAAAUUUUGCUUGCCAUAACCAUUCUUCAUUCACAUGAAAACAAACUAUUCAUAAGACUGGAGAAUAGAGAUUUCAAAAGUAGUCUAACAAUGAAUUGUUGGAAGCUAUGCGUAAAUGUUUUCUCAUGAAAGUGUACAUCCCCGAGCCAACGGCGCGGAGCGCCGUUCCUGCGAGGGUACUAAUUCCGUCCGGCUAUUUACACCCGGGGAAACGAAAGCAUUAGCGAAGUCUAAAGUUCAUCAAUGAUCGCGGGCGUGACUCACCAACGAAGUUUCGGUGGGUGGUCAUCCACUGAUCUCAAAAUAUGGCUGUUUGCCAGGAGUGAAGAAGGCAAAAAUAUAUAAAAUGCAUGUAAGAAAGCCUGGAAAAUCGUUUCACAUAACAAAUUUUAAAAUUGUUUUCCUUUUUUAAACGUAAACAUUUAUAAGAAUUGAUUCAGUACCAGAAAUCCUAAAGUAUAUACGGCAAGUUUGUUUCAAUUGUUUAUGUGUGACUUUGUAUUUUUAACCUAUGCAUUGUAUGCGAAAGUUUCCUAGUUAAAUUAACUUUUGUAGAAGUUCAUGAUAAAAAGGAAAGCAAAUUAUAUUCAUAAUCGUCCUGUACGAAUUAAAUUCAUUUCACUUCAAAGUCAAAGAGCGAGUAAUAAGUUGAAGCUCGAGUUGAAGAGUUUAUUAGCUUAAUAUCGGCAAAAAGCAGUUAAUUUCAAUUCACAUUUAAAAAAGUUGUUAGAGUUUCGUUUUGAAUUUUACAUUAAAAUAAAACCCUUAGAAAGCAAAAUAAUAUACCCAUUUAUAUAUUUUAUAAAUUGAUAGUUCUGUAUUUAAAAGUGUUCAAGUUUCAUCUAUUUUUUGCAGGUUUGUACAAAAAGUUUAAAAAACAUUUAUCGUGUUGCCAUGACAAACAUGACGUGUAACGCGAGCCUGCAUUCAGUGUUGGCAUAAUUACGAAUACUUCAUGUUGAAACAAUGUUUGGAAAAUGUACGCGAGGGGUGGUGGUUGCAUGCAUGUUUUUCUAGUAGAAAUAUAAAAAUUUUGAAUGUAAUUUCAGAUUCACGUUAUUGACAACUUUCUCUUGGAUGGGGACAAAGUUUUUUAUCGUAUUGGUCUUAUUCUUUUCGAGCAAGUCUACAAUGUACAAAAAAAUAAAGGUAUUAAUAAAACAAAUAUCGAUUUUCUAGCUGCCAUCGUUUUGGUUAGUAUAUAAAUAAUAGAUUGGGAGAAUGUAGUCAGCUUAUAAGCAAGCGACGUUUUUGUCAACACGGACGUCACCCGAAAAUUGGUAUAACUAAUUAUGGUGACAUUUUGCAUCUGCGCUCGUGUAAGAAAGCAAAAAAAAUUAUAAGAACAUCUCGCGUACUGCCAUAUGUGUUGAAGAUUAGAACAAAGUAAGUAACACAAACACAGUUUUUAAUCCAGUCACCCUCGGUAAUCUGGCGUUCGUAAUUGACAAGAACGUCGCUUACUCACGUAAAAACGCACAAAUUAUAUAUAGCAAUGUAGUUCCAACAACUUGUCAACAGGAUGUGUUCGCACUGCUUGUUCCCAGCUUGUUGACAAGUUGUCAAGGGCUUGUCGACAACUUGGUACAAGGUUGCUGUGAUGAACAGACUUGUUAUAAGUUGUUCCAUUUACAAGAUGUUCCAACAACUAAAUUGUUAACGUCCUACAAAUGAACAAUUUGUCAAGAAAGUUGAGAGUGACAACCUUGUAGCAACUUGAUAAAAUAACAACAUUGUUACAACUUGUUGACAUUUUGACAAGCUUUAUACAAGCCUAUGGCGAACACAUCUUGUUGACAAGUUGUGAGAAUUUUACGCGUGUACUUCAAGGUACGGACGUCUUUCAUAUAUAUGUAGUAUUAUAAUAGCAGUUUUGCUAUACCGGUCCCCGAGAAAUGAAGACAUUUAUGAAAGGUUAAUAAAAUGUGUAGCCACACGUAAUAACGGUCUGUGCCAAUGUAGGUAGCGACUAUGAGAGAUACAACUAUACCUGAAAAUAUAUAAGCGGAACGUCAAGUCCAUGCAGUCUUGCUUAUAUUUUUCCUUGUAGCCACGCGUAUACUAUAGUCGAUUUGCCAGGUAGAUUUUCUUGGUCAUUGUGUUAAACCCGUGGUUAAACUGCCUACUCAAGUGUCUGUCUUGUUUAUCUAUUGCAGAUCUGCUUCUUAGUGUAUAUAUACAUAUCAAACGUUUGUUAGAUUUUGCGACGGCGACUGGAUCUGAAAAAAAAAUACAGCUUUAGAGUUUCUUUUGUGCAUGCGCUCAAUAUUGAUUGCACAGAUUGAAUUUGUUCAUGCUUAUAAAGAUUAGGGUUUUAGCGUUCAAAUGACACCUUUUUUGAAUCAUUUUAAGAAAAAAUGACGAAAUACGAGCCAUUUGAAAAUUGCAUGUUGAAAUCACUCUUUUCAUGCACCUAUACUGUACGUGUGCAUUAUUAAAGCGGUGUGGAACAAAAGAAAAACAAAUUAACCUCUUAUGUGUCAUGCCAAAUAUUAAGUGACAAGAUGUUAGGGCUUUUCAUUAACAUUCAUGAAUUUUAGAUCGAAUUGGCAUUUACUUUCAAUAGUUUUUCCACCAAAUUACCAACGGUGGAAAAAUGCGAUUCCGCAGACAAUUUUAUUCGAUUCGUAUAUUUGGCAAUUUUCUUUUAUAGUGAUAUGCAAAAAAUAUCAUUGGACAGCUAAAAGCCUGAUUUUUUGUUGUUGUGUACAAUUGUUAUAGAUAAACUCAAUAUCUAUAACCCACGCGAACAUGCUGAAGUUGGAUAUAGUUACCUUUUUUAUGCACCGUGCACUCCUCCACGUUCCAAACAAAGCCCUUUCAUCAGAGAUUUGAUAACUCUUUCGACAAGCCUUCGCUCGAAAUGUCGAGAAGUACAGUACAUAUUUUUGUCUUCCAUGCAGUUUGAGUAUAUGGCUGUCUAUAUAAAUCUAAUAAACGUACAUUGUGACCAACCCUGUAUGACAUCCCUAGAACGGUUUUUACGUCUGUUUUCGAUAUAUAAAGCGGACGCUUUCAUUAGUGAAAUUAUUUUUUAGAAAAGCCAAAUAUAGAUGAAUUUGAGACGAUAUUUGGUGAGGUAAUAUCCAAAUGGUCCAAACAAUCAUCACACCUUAUCAACGUAUGUAUGCUAUUACUUUAUAUAGUUGUUGCUAUUACUUUAUAUAGUUUUAACUUACGUUUACUGUGAACCAUCCACGUACUGACAAAAUUUCCCGGCUUUAAAUGUUAUAUGAUAUCACAUACAACGCAAACGGUUUCCAAAUUUCACACAACUAUGUAAGUUUUGUUAGUCUUGUUUAAGGUACAGUCUUCCAUUAGAAAAAAGAUAAAUGCCAUAUUUUCCACCUGAAUUCAACUUCUACUUUAUGUUACGCGGCCGCCAUGUUUGUUUUGUUUUGAAGCAAUGGCUGUGAUCGUUAUUGACGACUUGAUUGAUUUUCGAUUCCAUUGUUUUUCCACCAAUCAGGUCGGUUUGUUACAGAUUUCUGGCGUCUAAAAUACCGAUUCCUUAUGCGGUUACUUCUCAAACGGUGUUGUUUGUUAAAGAAAAUUCUACGCGCUAGUUGGGUUAAUUUAUGAGCAUUUAUAAUUACUCUGGUAUCAAGACAACGAUACGUCGAUACUUGUUUCGCCGAUGACUUAUUAAUGUUUUGCAUGAAAACUAUUGAUUUGGUUGGUUAAUAUGCUAUAACAAAUUGAAAGACAACAUAUACAAAACUAGAACAACUUACAGCUAAGUGCAUUGCCGAUGUCCUUUAAGGCGGUUUAAGUACGUAAAGUGUGCAUGCAAACUCGGAAAUUAGAAUGCUUUUCACAUCAACUUCUCGUAAUCUUAUAUGACCUCCAUUUAUAUUUAGAAAUCUUUAAAAAUCCCUGGUGUAUCAAGACGAAUUAUUUCCGAACUAAGACAAAAGAAUGUAAUCCUCGAAGAAUCUGGAAUGAUAAUACUACCCAAUAUUGAACAAGAAACUUUCUAUAGUGGUUUGGUUGAAGGCUCAGAUUUGUUAUCUCAAGCACAGGUAUAA